AUGGACAGGUCGAAUCUGCCAGCCGACGAGAACCUCCCAGAGGUCGUCCCCGACCAGUCUCCGCAAGCGCUCCCGAAAGAAGCCGCUCUACAAUACGAGACGCAACUCGGCGAAAAAGACCCCAAAUACCCCGUCCUCGUCGACGAUGCGCCCAAGCUACCGAGCGAGUAUGCGCCUACACCCGCGGUGGCGGCUGCGACGAUUCCGUCCAGCAUGAGCCCCAACACGAUACCGUGGGAGACGAGGUCGCCCGAGACCGCGGAGCAGGGACUCGCGGGGCGGUCGCCGACCGACCCGCCUGUGGCCGAUGAGAAGAAGAUCUUGGGGCUGAAGAAGAAGGUGUUUUUCAUUGUUGUCGUCGUGGUUCUGGUGAUUCUUGCUGCGGCGUUGGGAGGAGGGCUCGGUGGCGGCUUGUCGAAGAAGAACAAGAGCAAUGCGGAGGGCGCGGAAGACGGUACUGGCAACACACCUACGCCGACAACUUCGGACCCCUCCUCAACUGCCUCCCAAACCUCCAGCGCCCCGAGCCCCUCAGUGACCUUCCUCAACAACCAAACCGUCCCCGUCGAGCGCUUCGCUUUCCAGGCCUUCUCGGGCGUCAACUUCACGGGGAAAGUCGGCGAGAUCUACCGCAGGGAGGGCUUCUACAACUUUGGCUUCGAUGCCCUCAGCUACGUCUGGCUUCCCAACAACACGAACUGCUGCAUCACCUUCUGCGCGAACACCACCACAGGGGUGGGGUACUGGUGUGAGCAGAGGUAUCGGAACGUGUCGAGCGACUCGUUUCCUAGGCUUGCCAUUAAUUGUGGGAAUGACGUAAGGAAGGUGAUGCCUUGCUCUUAG